AUUAUUAUGUUGCUAACUUAACUUUAAACAUUAAAAAGUGCAACUACACCAUGCAAUGCAAUUAUUAUUAUUGCAUUUUAAAUUAUUAUUUUUUGUUUAUCGAACAUUAAUUUAUUAAAACACGAAAAAAACAAGUGGUUUUACAAAAAUUGACACAUAUAAACUAAAUAUUAAAUGGAACGGUAAAAUACGUCGUAUUGGUUUUGUGAUUGUAAACAGAGUGAUUUGAAAUGUGUGCCGAAAAAAUAGGAUGGGAUUCCAGUCAGCUUAGAAAAUACGAUUUACACUUGGAUGAAAUACCAAGAUUACAUUAUGAAGAUCCUAAAGUUGACGAGUUUAUGCAGAAAAACCAACCCGUAUUGAUAACCGGCUCGAAACUGGUAAAGCCAGCUGAAGAAAAAUGGACUCUUGAUUACUUAGAAAAAAAUUUAGGCAAAUCUAAUCACACUGUUUUCGUAUCGAGAAAUCACAAAUUCAAAUAUUUCGACGAAAAAAAGAUAUACAAUAAGAACAAUCUCAAAGGGGUAGAAUUUACGCCGCCCACAAAGAGGGUGGAUAUGAAAAUAACAGAUUUCAUGAAGAAAUUGAGGGAGUGGAAAAGAGGGGAUGAGAGGUUAUAUCUUCAACAGCCCUUGAACUCCACCGUAGGUUCCACGAUAGUGGAAGACUAUUUAAAAUUCGACUGGCAUUUCGUGGCGGAGAAAAAGAACAAAUAUCACUGGGGCGAAUUGACUUCCAACGUACUGUUUAUAUCAAUGGAAGGGAACGUGACUCCUUGCCACUACGAUGAACAGCAGAAUCUGUUUGCUCAAAUUCUGGGCUAUAAAAGGUGUAUUUUAUUUGCUCCCGAUCAAUUCGAGUGUUUGUACCCUCAUCCUGUAUAUCAUCCGCAUGACAGACAAAGUAUGGUUGAUUUCGAACGACCUGAUUAUACCAAAUAUCCUAAAUUUAAAAAUCUAAAAGGCUGUGAAACCGUCGUUGGUCCAGGCGACGUGCUAUAUAUUCCUAUAUACUGGUGGCAUCAUGUGGAGUCCUUGAUGCGAGGCGGACCGACUGUUACAGUUAAUUUUUGGUAUAAAGGCGGACCGACGAAUUUGGAAUACCCGUUGCAAGAUCACCAAAAAGUAUCGAUAAUGAGAAACGUAGAAAAAAUGUUAUUGGAAGUUUUACAAGAUCCAAAGGAAGUGGGACCGUUAUUAAGAACCAUGGUUUUAGGUAGAUAUUGUGAUCCUUAAACGGAGUUACGCAACCUUUUCUCAAAGAUUAGAAACGAAUUGAUGUUGGUUAGAUUCAUGGAACAUUUUGGAACUUUUUUUGAGUUCUGUUUCAUAGAAAAUUUUGUUUCUAACAUUUGGGAUCUGCCAAGCGAGUCUAGUCUUCGUAAAAAGUAAGUGGUAUGCAUGGUUUUGAAAUCGAAUGGUACUCUACACAUACUACGGUCUAUUGGAUUAUUCCGUUUUUGGUAAAAAUUGAAUAUUUGGUUUAGCGAAAAAUUUCUAAGUUUAAACGGAAUGAUCGAAUUGACACGUUCAGAUAUAUUUUUGUAUUCAGUAUUUAUAAUUUCAAAUCGACAAAAGUAUUUAAAUAUUUAAACAGCUAUACAUCAUAGAUUUCUGUGGGACUGGGUGUGAGUUAUUUUAUCGCAUAAUUAUCUGUUUAGUUUUAUUUAUAUUUUAGCAUUAACAUUUAGAAGGUAUGUUUAAAAUAUCUGUCUUUUUCUAUAUGACAACAUCCUUAAUAGAUCGUGAUAGUUGUGACGUCAAAACAAAGUUGAUAAAAAACAAAACAAGUUACUAUGACAAUGAUGUCACUGUCAUAUUGUCGUAAUCAAAUACUUCAGGAAUAUUUCUGGUUUGGUUCUAUAUGGGAUAUCAAUGAAAGUAUCGGUAACUUUUGGUAUCGCAGAUUUUCUUUCGAUAUCAAUACUUUUACUCAUACAGUACUUUGAGAUAGGUCGAGGGGCAGGUAUUGAAUCUGUCUAUGCACUCUUUUUUACUCUAUUCACUUUAAAGUACCAAUUUUUUACCUUUGGCAGCAAACCCACGUUGGGCGCCAAACUAUAACAUACUAUUCGAAAGGCUUCGGCUAAAUUCAAUUAGCCAACGAAUAUAAAUAUACCCAAUAAUCCGAUGUUUUAUACUAAAACUAACACGUUUAAUAGGAUGUGAUCUCUGUGAUGUCGGAAUAAAUAGUUAACAAACUUGGCAAUACUCUGGUUAUUCUUGAGUAAAUUUUAGCUGAAAGCUGUUUAGUAUGUAUGACAAAUACUGUACUGUUCCCGAUGAAGGAAAAUCACUAAACUCGGCUGAUUUGCUAACCUCGUCGCCUAACUCAUCAGCUGAAAAGGGGUAUGUGUGCUUUUUCGCACUCGAUAGAGCAAGUAUUCGGUUACUCCACUGUAGUUACAGUGGCACAGGAACAAAUAUUGCUUUCUUAGUAGCCAAGAACUACCAGCAAAAGCUUUGGAGCUUCACACAAAAUUGGGAGGCAUAGGAAAACCAAGUCAAAAGGCAGGAAAAAGCACAAAGUCGCCACUAAAUCCUGUAGCAAUCCAUCGAAUAACACUUUAAAGAGGACACCUAUGACAGCAUUGACACAACCGUUGUCAUGAGGUUCGUUUGGGAUUGUCAGGGGCUGGAGUGAGACAGGACUGGAGUUUUUUAGGGUGCUUUUAAAUGACAUUUAAGCGGAAUAAACCGAAAACUAAAAGGGUCGUUUGGAGUUAAAGGAAUGAAUGAAACCUUGUCUGUCCGACCUUAACUAUGGUUAUCUUGCGUUGAAAAAAAAGACGUUACACUAUCAUGGUCUAUUGUCUUUUAAGGAUGGAUUAAAAUAUUUAUGGCGUAACUUUUUUUCUGACUUAUUAACUAUUACGUAUUGAACGGUGUAAUUUAUUAAAUGUUCUGUGAUCAAAAUGUUAUUUAGUUUUUAUCUGUAUAUUAUUUUAAAGGUGCUUUCUUUUUAACUGUAAACGUUGUUUUGAAAUUAAAAAAAAUGUGUUAAAUAUUUGAAAUUAAAAAAUAAUAACAUAUCAUUUAGGGUAAGAUUGUGUUAUAAAAAAUUG